AUGUCCUCCUCUCUCCCGCUCCAUCCCCUUCUAGACAACGGCAUCAGCCAAGGAAAACCCAACUUUCCCGGCGGAAAACUCUACUGCCACUGCGCCUCCAACAAAGUCGAAAUCACACUGACCUCCGAUGUCCUGCACAACCACGCGUGCGGGUGCUCUAAGUGCUGGAAGCCCAAAGGCAGCAUCUUCUCUGUCGUGGGCGUCGUCCCAACCUCCGCUUUGAGCGUAACUGCCAACGCCUCCAAACUCGCUAUCAUCGACAAGAACGCUCCGAUUCAGCGCUACGCAUGUAAGGAGUGUGGCGUGCACCUCUACGGACGGAUCGAAGUUGAGCACCCAUUUAAGGGAUUGGACUUUGUGCACGUUGAGCUGUCCGAGGGGGGCGGGAAGGAGGGAUGGCAAGGGGUGCAAUUCGCCGGUUUUGUGAGCAGUUUGAUUGGGCAGGGACUGGACCCGGAGCUUGUUCCGGGUGUGAGGGAGAGACUGAAGAGUUUGGGGCUUGAGAAUUAUGAUGCGUUGAGUCCACCACUGAUGGAUGCGAUUGCGACGUGGAAUGCGAAGAGAGAUGGGGUUGUGUUUCGGUCUUCGCUCUGA